AUUUCUAGUGCUUGCAAAAAACGUCUUUCCUUCUUCCCGACGUCGAUACGCGUUAGUCAUAUAUUCCCUAUCUCACUGAGUUUCCGUCGCCGUCCGCAUUAUUCCAUUUGGAUAGUGGAUAUUGUAUACUUUGUCGAGGACUAUGUUCUUCGGGUCAUAAUCCGGCUUUUCACGGAAUACGAUAUACGAGCUGUAAAACGAUCAACAUAUCCCCGACACGGGCAUGAAGAGCCUACCACUGGUAAUCCGCCUCUCUCAUGCCGUCUAAGAACCAACGGCGCUCUCAUACGAAAUCCAAAAACGGUUGUAGUCAAUGCAAAGUCCGGCGCAUAAAGUGUAACGAGGUACAUCCGAUAUGUUCCAACUGUGAAAGACGGCAGAUUUCUUGCGAUUUCUCUCAGUCUCCCGGUGUGAGCAGGUCACCGAGCAACAACACUACCAGUGAUGCACGGCCAGGCUGUGGUCGACCUGGGUCUGUCAGUGAAGAAACAAAGCGACAGUCCUCACAGAAUGUGGUCGACCCAUUUCAACAACCUGACCUAGUCAGCACCAAGAAAACUACAGAUCUAGAUGUGACGGACCUCAGAUUGAUGCACCAUUUCACCACCGUAGUCGCACCCGAUCUGGCGAAUGCGCAGACUGCUGAAGCCCUGGCACUGUGGCAGGUACAUGCAGUGAAGCUGGGACUCAAACACCACUUCCUCCUUCGAGGUAUCCUGGCUGUGGCUGCUUUCCACCUCAGCUACCUUCACCCUGAUAGGAAAGCCGAGUAUGAUCUGAUUGGGACAACUCAUCAAAGCAUAGGCCUGGCAGAUUUCCAAGACACGCUUGCUCAUGUGGAUGAGAGCAACUGCCAUGCCUUGUUCGCCUUUUCCUGUCUGCUCAUAGUGCUUGCUUUUGCUUCCAGCACCAAAGACAAGCCCAGAGACUUCAACACUGACGUACUACAUUGGUUUUACCUUUUGAGGGGCGCAAACAUUGUCCUCAACAUGCACUCCGAGACGAUCCGGUGCAGCUUCUUGAAACCACUACUGGAUGAGAUGUCCCACAGCGAGACCACAGCGGCGUAUACACUUCCUGACACAGAUCAAAUCACCAAGCUGUUCCGCAUCUGCAAUUCUGCCGAGCACGACAAGGAGACCGCCCACGCGCUUGACCUUGCUAUACAUUCGCUGCUUAGCACAUUUAUUCAAGCUUCGUUGCUCAAGGCCCGCGGCGACGGAACAGUAUUGACGACUUUUGUCUGGCCUAUUAAUCUUCCGCCUAAAUUUUUGGACCUUCUGGGUGAGAAGCAGCCAGCAGCAAUGGUCAUAUUGGCGCAUUAUUGCGUUCUUAUUCAUUGGGGCGAAGCCAAGGACACGAACGAUACUUGGUUUAUUAAUGGAUGGGCCAAAUACAUCCUGGAGUCAGUGCAGGAGUCGGUACCGGAAGACUGGCAAGAACAUCUACAGUGGCCAGUGAUGAACGUUGAAUAAGAUGCACGUCCGAUCCUUAGAGCUGAGUGUGAAAAGGAUCCGGGUUGAGGGGUAUCUGGCAAAGACUGCAUACCGGGACGAGGAUUGGUGGCUCACCUGAGAGGAAUGAGCUGAAGCACCAGGGUUUGUAAUAUAGAUAUGACAGAGAAGAGACCUCAUUCUCGAUUUGCGCCGACCUUUCGAAAGCGGUCGAACUUUGUAUAUAAUGACUGAGUGGAGAACGAGUUGACGAUGCUCAAUCACUACCUCAUGG